CUUCUGGUCGCCCAGAACGGCAGGCACCACCAAUUAUUCAGAAAUUUUGGUCCACCACGACCCGGUCCUUGGAGCUCAAACCCCCCUCAACCAACGCACGAUACAUCUCAUUUCCCCGACGUCGCUCCCAGUUGAAUCGCACCACCUUCCCAAGCCCCCAGUGACGUGCGAAUACCUUCAACAUGGCUAUGAACCUCGACAUGGCCAAUGCGGCCGUCAUGAAGGACGAGCAGGGCCGUCCUUUCAUCGUUGUUAGAGAUCAAGGAAAGAAGAAGAGACAAUACGGCAAUGAAGCUGUCAAGAACCACAUCCUCGCCGCCCGGACGGUCGCGAACAUUGUCAAGACCUCUCUCGGCCCCCGCGGCCUCGACAAGAUCCUCAUCUCCCCCGACGGAGACAUCACAGUGACGAACGACGGUGCCACGAUUCUGCAACAGAUGGAGAUCUCCAACCACGUCGCCAAGUUGCUGGUAGAGCUGUCCAAGUCGCAAGAUGACGAGAUCGGUGACGGCACCACCGGUGUCGUUGUUCUUGCCGGGGCCCUCCUGGAGCAAGCGGCGGAGCUGAUCGACAAGGGCAUUCACCCUAUUCGCAUCGCGGACGGAUACGACCAGGCCUGCGACAUCGCUGUGUCGGAACUGGACAAUAUUUCAGACGUCAUCGAGUUCAGCAAAGAAGAUACUGCCAACCUGUUGAAGGUAGCACGGACAAGUUUGGGCAGCAAGAUCGUCUCCAAGGCGCACGACCAGUUCUCCCAGAUCGCAGUGGACGCCGUCCUCUCGGUGGCCGACCUCGAGCGGAGAGACGUUGACUUCGAGCUAAUCAAGGUUGACGGCAAGGUCGGAGGAGCUUUGGAGGAUACUAUGCUCGUCAAGGGUGUCAUCAUCGACAAGGACUUCUCGCAUCCUCAGAUGCCCUCAGAGGUCAGGGACGCCAAGAUUGCCAUCCUGACCUGCGCCUUCGAGCCCCCCAAGCCUAAGACGAAGCACAAGCUCGACAUUACCAGCGUCGAGGAGUACAAGAAGUUGCAGAGCUACGAGCGCGAGAAGUUUAUCGAGAUGAUUCAGCAGAUCAAGGACUCGGGCGCCAACCUUGCGCUUUGCCAGUGGGGUUUCGACGACGAGGCGAACCACCUUCUGCUCCAGAACGGUCUCCCUGCCGUGCGGUGGGUUGGUGGCCCCGAGAUCGAGUUGGUGGCUAUUGCGACAAACGGCCGUAUCGUGCCUCGCUUCGAGGACCUCAAGCCCGAGAAGCUCGGUACCGCAGGCGUUGUCAGAGAAAUGACCUUUGGCACAACAAGAGAAAAGAUGCUGGUUAUCGAGGAGUGUGCCAACACCCGCGCGGUGACCGUCUUUGUCCGCGGCAGCAACAAGAUGAUCAUCGAUGAGGCCAAGCGCUCUCUCCACGACGCCCUUUGCGUCGUGCGCAACCUGGUCAAGGACAACCGCGUCGUCUACGGUGGCGGUGCCGCCGAGAUCGCCUGCUCCCUGGCAGUCGAGGACGCUGCGGUCAAGACUCCCGGCCUUGAGCAGUACGCCAUGCGCGCGUUCGCCGAGGCUCUCGAUGCCGUCCCGAUGGCGCUGGCCGAGAACAGCGGUCUGAACCCCAUCGCGACGCUGGCCGAGGUGAAGAGCCAGCAGGUCAAGGCAGGCUCCGACGUUCGCGGCAGGCUCGGCGUGGACUGCAUGGCUCGCGGCAGCAACGACAUGAAGGAUGCGUUCGUCAUCGACCCCCUUAUCAGCAAGAAGCAGCAGCUACAGCUCGCGACACAACUAUGCAGAAUGGUGCUGAAGGUCAACAACGUCAUUGUUGCCGGGUCCGGCGAGGAGGACUUUUAAAAGUAAAACGGUAAAAAGGUUCUAGAUGGGUCUAUGGUGUUUGGGAUUAUACCAGCCUGUGUACUAUGCAAAUAGAGAUGCCCCAAUGUCGAGACCACCAAUUCUAUCCUCCCACAUGUUUCGUUCUUGCCCUCCGCUU